UAUGCCAUAUAUCGCACCGAAAACUUGGCCGACGUUUGGACAGACAUUACGGAGACUCUGAAAAAAGUGGACAAACUCUUGGCUAAGAGGAGGGGCAACGAGAAGUUUUUGUCCGGUGCCGCAUUACCAGGAUUGGUAGACUACGCCAUAUGGCCAUUCAUUGAGCGCCUACCCCAGUCCAUAGACAUUGCUGGCCAUAACUCGGAGGAAUUCCUACGCAAAGAGCUGCCCGCAGUUCAUGACUAUAGAAAGCAAUUGCUGGCCGACCCGACUGUUCAAAAAGUGAGCCUACCCUACGAGCAACUACUGGCCCACACCCGGGAAUACCUUACAAACGAUAAUCCUGAUAAAGUUUACAAAAAAGGUGAUCCCUUUCCAGCCCGUGCUGACCCAAACCUACUUCGCCUAUACAACGUCCCGCACUGUCAGUUCUGCGAACGGGUACGGCUAGUGUUAGCCGCCAAAGGCAUUGAGCAUGAAGUAAUAAAUGUGAAUCUUAAAGACAAACCCGAGUGGCUCCUGGACCGCAACCCAUCGGGCAAAGUACCGGUGCUUGAGAUCGGUCCCGACAGUCAAAUCCUAACCGAGUCGCUCAUAAUUAGUGAGUAUUUAGAUGAGGCCUAUCCUGACAAACAGCGCCUACAGCCUGAGGAUGCCUUCCAGAGGGCCACCGAUCGACUGUUUAUCGAGACAUUCGGCGCCAAAAACACUGUUAUAAAGCAUUUAUACGUAACUGAAAACCUGGCGGACAAGUGGACAGACAUUAUGGAGGGACUGACAGCUCUGAAUAAAGUGCUGUCUAAUAGGCGAUGGAUCCAUAAGUUUAUAUCCGGUGCUGAACAGCCAUGUCUGGCCGACUACAUGGUGUGGCCAUUAAUCCAGGGAUUGGUAGUAUUGGUAGACCUGGCGGGUCAGGACAGGGAGGAACUCAUGCCUAAAUGGUUGCCAGCUCUAUACGACUACUGGCGCCAAAUGCCUACCGACCCCACUGUCCAGAAAGUGUGUCAGCCCCACGAGGCACUGGUAGCCCGUAAUCGAGAUAUGCGUUCAAAGAUAUUUAAAAAGUAGUGCCAAUCAUGUGGUGAAUCAGUAUUUGUUUCGCUUAUUAUUAGUGAUUAUAUUUUAAACAAG